ACAGUUGAUGACUUCCAUCCGUUUCAGUCUUCUCCUGCUGAGGCAAAAGCGGCUACGAAAACUGCCAUCGAGACUGGAUAUCGUCUGAUUGAUACGGCUGCUUGUUAUGGCAAUGAAGAAGCUAUUGGAGAAGCAAUUAAGGAAUUGAUUCAAGCCGGAAAAGUCAAACGUGAAGAGCUCUUCAUCACCACAAAGCUAUGGGCCACACAUUUUCACCCGGAUGACGUUGAAGGUGCUACUCGCGAAUCGCUUCGUCGGCUUCAACUGGACUACAUCGACCUUUACCUCGCACAUGCACCAGCGUGCUUUAACCAUGACAUGACAGCGCAAAAUCAUGCGGUGACCGUAAAAGAUAUAUGGCGCGGAUUGGAAGGUGUGUACAAUAAGGGGUUGGUUAAAGCUAUCGGCGUCUCUAAUUGGAGUGGCGAGCAAAUUGAACGCGUGAUGGAGUCAGCAACGGUACCAAUUCAUAAUUGCCAGGGUACAGCUAUUCUUUGA